AUGCGGGAUUCCUGUUGGGUCGCUGAAAAUACCCUCUCUGUAGUGGUCAGGGACGUGUGUCAUGCUAUAUGUGAAGAAUAUGUUGAUGAGAUUAUGACAGCCCCCUCCACACAUGAGGAACGGAGACAACUGGCUGAUGGUUUCCUCGAGAAUUGGAACUUUCCAAAUUGCGUUGCUGAUAUUGAUGGCAAGCACAUAACUAUCAGAAAGCCUUCCAGCUCUGGUUCCGUAUAUUAUAACUAUAAGGGAUUCUUCAGCAUCCUCUUACUGGUCAUUGUCGACUCGGACUACAAAUUCGUAUGUUGUGGUCUGGGUGGAUACGGUUCAAGUGGAGAUGCCAAGAUUUAUAAUGAAUCAGAAUUCCUGGAGAUGGUGCAGGAUGGUUCCAUUGGAUUUUAG